AAGAGACAGGGCCCCGGUACGGGUGUUUCACCCGUCUGGGCUCUGCGGCCGUGGUGGCCCCUGGGCUUGCGGCCGGCGCCCGUGACAGCAGCGUCGCGGAGCCGGCUACCCCAACCCGGGGCCGCUGUCGACCUCGCUGGCAGAGCCGCAUCUCCUGGCGGGAUGGGCGGCGAUGCGGGAGCCGGUGGUCCCCGGGGCCGCGUCAAGAGCCUGGGACUAGUGUUCGAAGAUGAGAGCAAGGGUUGCUACUCCAGCGGGGAGACAGUGGCUGGGCACGUGCUGCUGGAGGCUGCAGAGCCGGUGGCCCUUCGUGGGCUGCGCCUGGAGGCUCAUGGCCGUGCCACCUCUGCCUGGGGCCCGAGCGCUGGGGCCCGGGUCUGCAUCGGUGGCGCGGCUCCAGCAGCUUCCUCGGAGGUGGAAUACUUGAACCUGCGCUUGCGCCUACUCGAGGCCCCAGCUGGUGAAGACGUCGCUUUAUUACAACCCGGAAAACACGAGUUUCCCUUUCGCUUUCAACUUCCAUCAGAGCCGUUGCCAACGUCGUUUACUGGGAAGUAUGGUAGCAUCCAGUACUGUGUGAGGGCUGUUCUGGAACAACCCCAAGUACCAGACCAGAGUGUAAGAAGAGAGCUCCCGGUUGUCAGUCACGUGGAUGUCAACACACCACCCUUAUUGACUCCUGUGCUGAGAACGCAGGAGAAAAUGAUUGGCUGCUGGCUCUUCACGUCUGGCCCUGUGUCGCUGAGUGUCAAGAUUGAGAGAAAGGGCUACUGUAACGGAGAAGCUAUUCCCAUCUAUGCAGAAAUAGAGAAUUGUUCCUCUCGCCUGGUUGUUCCUAAGGCGGCCAUAUUCCAAACCCAGACAUAUUUGGCUAGUGGAAAGACGAAGACAGUCCGGCACAUGGUUGCCAACGUUCGAGGAAACCACAUUGGUUCUGGAACUACAGACACGUGGAAUGGGAAAAUGCUGAAAAUUCCACCUGUUCCUCCAUCCAUCCUGGAUUGCUGCAUUAUCAGAGUGGACUAUUCCUUAGCUGUCUACAUCCACAUUCCUGGUGCUAAAAAACUGACGCAGGAACUGCCCUUAGUUAUCGGUACGAUUCCAUACAGUGGCUUUGGCCGCAGAAACAGCAGUGUCGCAAGCCAGUUCAGUAUGGACAUGAGCUGGUUGGCACUGACCCUGCCGGAGCAGCCUGAAGCACCACCAAAUUACGCAGACGUGGUGUCCGAGGAAGAAUUCUCCCAACACGUUCCUCCGUUCCCUCAGCCCCCUGACUGUGAAGGAGAAGCCUGCUACUCUAUGUUUGCCUGCAUACAAGAAUUCCGGUUUCAGCCUCCACCUCUUUACUCAGAGGUUGAUCCACAUCCCAGCGAUGCCGAAGAGACCCAGCCUGUUUCCUUCAUUCUCUGAAGAGACUGCAGAAUUCACUGUGUUGUUACCAACUUAGAAUAUUGGUUCUUUCGCCUGCCUUGUUAGAGGAGAGAGAAAGUUAACUUAAGAACGUUGAUGCACUUCAGGUGUGAAGAUGACAGAUACGGAAGACUAUGAGAACCUUUUAGUGGGCCGGUGGGAUGGUUACUCAAGUUUAGGGUGGGGCCAGUUGUUCCCUCUAAAAGUGGAUGAAAAUGUGAACUGAAAUACCGGAAGUGCUGGUGGUGGAAGAGGAAGUGAAGGAAGGCCUGCACCGUUGGAGAGGGAGUCUUAAGGAGCUGGAAUGCUACUGGAGUGUGCUCUGACCAGGGUUCACACAGUUAGCAACUUGUGGGCUUGGUAGGAAGGCCUGAUUUGGGGAAGCAAGACAGCUUGGAAAUGAGUGUGAAUGAGGAAAUGGUCUACUCUCAAGAGAAUUGAGGUCCCCAGGUUUGGGGGUCUUCAUGAUUUCUUACCAUGUUACCACAGCAAGGAUCGAGGGCCUUAAAAGUAUCCUUUCUGGAGUCCAUGGUCAUGGGAGAUCCUGAAGGAAGUGACAAUGUUUCUACUCUUUCCUGGGGAGGUUUAAACGUACACUGAAAAUUGGCUAUGCUGUGUGAGGAAACCUAGAAGGGAUUCCUUCAAGCUUGCCACUUCAGAAGGAAAGAGUUCUCAUGUGUGUGUGAAGGCUGUUCUUCCACUUUAAGAACUUCUGCAGGAUGUGUGUUUGAUGUUCCUCAUCCCUUGUUUACCUGGGGAAAAUUAGAAAAAAGAUGGGGUAGGCAUGACAUCUUUAGGAUACCUGAUACCUACACAAAACAGAGUGUUCUCUCCUGCUACCUCUGGUGACUUUGUCAGGCCUGCUCGCAGAACUCCAGGCCUGACUGACCUCUGGGGUUUCUGCUGGGUGUAAUUAGCAGACACCUUUAACCUGCCACUUGAUCUGAAGCUAGACUAAGGGAAAACUCAAUGAAGUUAGCAUUAAAUAGAAACACCUAAGAUCUUAAAAGAAAUCCCAACCCAAAUGAGGAGAGGAAUGUGCCUGCGCUCUUCCUGUGAUGGGGCUUUGGCGGGUGGAUGACAGUUACCAUGCUGUGCGUUCUUAUUCCAGUUCAUUAGUAAUUCCAUUUAAACUGUGAUUUUUCUUAAUUGUUUUGGUGCAAUAUUUUGUCGUCAUUGAGCCUCAGGAUAAUUGAGACUUACAGGGCUGUGUUGCUGCUAGCAGGGUCAGCCAUGUCUUUACCAGCCUCUUCCCCUCCCCUUCAUGGUCACAGGCUCAAUUGUUUUGCCUCCAAUCUGUCGGUCCCAGGAGCUGAGAACAUUGCUGACACCAGGUGGGAGGGAUAGUCUCCCGGUGAAGGUCUGGACCAGCCAAGUCCUAAGGGUUUGAUCUAGAAACCCUGGUGCUUUGCGGGCAGAAGGUUGUGCUGUAUCCAUCCAAAUGAUGGAUUUAUCUCCAGUCACCAAAUUCACUUAAUGACAUUUGUCUAGGGUUAAAUUUUAUAUUCAAAAGUCAGUGGGCCAUUCGUUCAGGAAUUUUUAUACCAAGGUGAGCUAAACAUGUACUUGUCCCCUCUGAGCAUACCUCUCCUGUGGUUGUUAGUGUCAAACACGAGUAUUUCAUUGUUAAGUCACUGUCUCAGAUGCCAAAUGGUAUUGCCAGUAAUUGUGGUGUGGGGAUUGCCACAAACAUGGUUUCUUAAGUUAGUUUUUUAGAGAUUUCUUUGAUCUUUUUGUUGUAUGGCCGUCAACAGUUGUGGGUGUUCGAGUGCUAUCUAAACUAUUCUGUUUUUACUGUAGAAAAGAUGGUGAGCUGUCUGUCGGCUUCCAGCCCAUAGUUUACAUGCUUGUCAACACGCGGUCCGUCUCCAUGAAACCAAAACCAAGGGAAAGGAAGUGACAGUGUAGACCAGGUGGGCUCCCUGUAGAA